UUCACAUGCAGAGUGGCAACGCCAAGUGGCAGAUCGAUCGUGAAAAAACAUUCGACAGAAGCACCGCAAAAAACAUCAGAAACAAAAAACGAAAUUAGUUCUCCUCAGUACAUUUUUUUUUUUUGAAAAAAAGGAAGCGACAACAAGAUGAGCGGAAAAGCUGACAUUGCACUCAUUGGGCUGGCCGUGAUGGGCCAGAAUCUCAUAUUGAAUAUGGAUGAGAAGGGGUUUGUGGUGUGCGCCUACAAUCGCACGGUGGCCAAGGUCAAAGAUUUCCUCGCCAACGAGGCCAAAGGCACAAAUGUGAUUGGCGCUGAGUCACUGAAGGACAUGGUCGAGAAACUGAAAACGCCGCGCAAAAUUAUGCUGUUGGUCAAGGCCGGCAGUGCCGUCGACGACUUCAUCGAGCAACUGGUGCCGCUGCUCUCCCGCGGCGAUGUGAUCAUUGAUGGCGGCAACUCUGAGUACCAGGACACGUCGCGUCGCUGCGCCGAGCUGGAGAAGCUGGGCCUGCUCUUUGUGGGCUCAGGCGUCAGCGGUGGCGAGGAGGGUGCCCGUCACGGACCCUCCCUGAUGCCCGGCGGACACGAGGCCGCCUGGCCCCUGAUUAAGCCCAUUUUCCAAGCCAUCUGCGCCAAGGCCGAUGGCGAGCCCUGCUGUGAGUGGGUCGGCGAUGGGGGCGCGGGCCACUUUGUGAAGAUGGUGCACAAUGGCAUCGAGUACGGGGACAUGCAGUUGAUCUGCGAGGCCUACCACAUUAUGCAGAGCCUGGGUCUGUCCGCCCCCCAGAUGGCCGACGAGUUCGGCAAGUGGAAUUCGGCCGAGCUGGACUCUUUCCUCAUCGAAAUCACGCGCGACAUCCUCAAGUACAAAGACAGCAAGGGACAUCUGCUGGAGCGAAUUCGGGAUACGGCCGGCCAGAAGGGUACGGGCAAGUGGACGGCCAUUGCCGCCCUGCAGUACGGCGUUCCCGUGACGCUCAUCGGCGAGGCUGUCUUCUCCCGCUGCCUGUCCGCCCUCAAGCAGGAGCGCGUCCAUGCCAGCGGCGUGCUCAAGGGUCCCUCAGCGAAGCCGAGCGUUGCAAAUGUGACCAAGUUCCUGGACGACAUCAAGCACGCCCUGUACUGUGCCAAGAUUGUUAGCUACGCACAGGGAUUCAUGCUGAUGCGCGAGGCGGCCAAGGAUAACAGCUGGAGGCUGAACUACGGUGGCAUUGCACUGAUGUGGCGCGGCGGCUGCAUCAUACGCAGCGUCUUUCUCGGCAACAUCAAGGACGCCUACACAUCUCAGCCGCAGCUGUCCAACCUGCUGCUGGACGAUUUCUUCAAGAAGGCCAUUGAGCGGGGCCAGGACUCGUGGCGCGAGGUGGUGGCCAAUGCCUUCCGCUGGGGCAUUCCGGUGCCAGCGCUCUCCACCGCCCUGAGCUUCUACGAUGGCUAUCGCACCGCCAAGCUGCCCGCCAAUCUGCUGCAGGCCCAGCGCGACUACUUUGGGGCCCACACCUACGAGCUGCUCGGGGACGAGGGCAAGUUCCAUCACACCAACUGGACGGGCACCGGCGGCAAUGUUUCGGCCAGCACAUAUCAGGCAUAGGCUACCGUCCCUCCCCCUUCCCACCACCCACACACACACACAACGCAACACACAUUCCAUGAUUCCAUGUCAUAAGGUACUACAUAGUUGGAACUCCCUCCUGGGGAGCGGAGCUGCUGUAACACAAGUUUACAAUUGUUUUGAUUUUUUUUUUAGGGUAGCAGUACCUAUUUAUAACGUUAAUAUAUAUAUAUGUAUGUAUGUAUAUAUAAUUUCAUAUUGUUUUUAAACAUAAUAUUAAAUUGGUGUUUUUUGCUAGCAAACGAUA